GGGUUUCUCCAAAACCAGCCCAUGGUUUGUGGACUUGGGGCUUGUUUUGCAAAUAUCCUGCUCUCUCACUCAGGUUCUUUUUCUACCUCACAUGUCUCUCUCUUGCUCAAGCUUUGCCAUUGAUGACCACAGGUUCAAGCUAAUUGGAGCUCUAUCAGCAACGAUCACAGCCUUCAUGUUCGUCAACAACGAUGUUGACCUUCAAAUUCAAAGUGAGGCGAACUCGAUGAAGACCAAAGUGCUGGAUCAGUCUUAUCUCUUGGGCUAUCUCCAAGAUCCAUCCCAUGUCAUAAACUACGGUCAGAUUGCUUUGGAUGACAACUUGAUCUAUGAAGAGAAACCGAUUCAAAUUUUGGAUCGACAAGUGAAACAGCUACGGAACAAGACAAUUCCAAUGGUGAAAGUUGAAUGACAGAAACACUAUGGGAAAGAAGCCACUUGGGAGAGAGAAGAGGAAAUGAAACAGCGGUAUUUGUAGUUAUUUGCAACUUGAGAUAAAAUAAGUUUGAGGGAUCAAACUUUUUAAAGGGGGGAAGAGUGUAAUAACCCAACUCUUUCAUAUGCUUCAUAUGCUUUAAUUUCCUCAUUCUAUGCGUGAUUA